AUGCAGGAUCAGGACGAACGCACACCUCUUCUUCCCGAAGCCGAAAGCCAACCGGCGGCAGAAGAGAAUCCCAACGCGGGAAAGCCCUUUUGGCGACGUCGCGUACCUCAGUCACUAGCGCUGCUGGGGUCUUUGGCUCUAGUCGCGCUCGCUCUGUACGCACUGGUUUGGCGUUCCGAAUCCUCGCAUCCGCCAGACUUCCAACCGGACUUCUAUCACCACAUCAACUUCGUAGGAAACGACAUCUGUCCGAGUGUCUGGGGCAAUACCAGCUCUUAUGCCGGGUAUAUCGGUAUGAAGGGCGACUCGGAUGAUAAACCCAAGCGUGCCUUCUUCUGGCUGUUCGAAGCACGAGAGGGUGCUGCGACUGCCCCAUUGAUAAUCAAUGUUGGCGGCGGACCAGGCUCGUCCGGCCUUGCCUCACCUAUGAUGUCUCCGGCACCUUGCAGUAUCGGCGAGAACGGCUUUAUGCCCAGUGUACAUCAUUACACGGACAAGUACAAUCUCAUUGCCUUGGAUCAUCCGAUCGGGGUCGGAUACUCAUACGGGACCCACGUCAAGAACAGCACGGAAGCGGCGUAUGAUGCUUAUGACUUUCUGCAGAAGCUCUUUGUUUUGUACCCUCACUUCGCUAGGAAUCGAGUCGUUCUAAUGGGUGCCUCGUACGGCGGCGUCUUUGUACCCUGGAUGGGAAAGAUUAUACAAGAACAGAACCUGCUGAUUGCUGAGGGCCGUGGUGCCUCUGGCGCCGCGCAUAUCAAUCUUGAUUCCCUAGUCAUCGGCAACCCAUUCACGGAUCCUCUGGCACACGCCCGUUGGGAUCUGCAUUAUCGAUGCGAAGUCUCACAUAUCUAUAACAGUACGACGUGCGCGGAAUUGUACGGUGUCCUACCGUCAUGUCUCGAGUCCAUCGAACUUGCCCUCCAGGAUCCAGUUGACAUGGCAGGGCGAGCUCGAGCUGAGGAGCUUUGUGGAACUCUAGCUGCUGGAGACACUAACCACACGUCCGUGGAGAAUGUCAAACAAGAGUGUUACUCGGAGAACGAGCUAGACUGCUUACCCAUUUACUCGAGGAUGGAUACAACACUCAAUGACGCUCGGGUAAAGCAAGCCCUUGGUGUACCGGACGACGUUGCCUACCUCGGCUACAGCCCGACAGUGGCGAAAGAGUUCAGAGGUGAUACCAUCUACCCUCAUCAGAAAUUGCUCGAAGCCCUCAUCUUGGAGGGUAUACGUGUACUCGUACAUGAGGGCAUGUUGGACGCGAAUUGCAAUAAUCUAGGGGUUCUCUCAUUCCUCAAACUACUACAUACACCCUAUCAGGCCGACUUCCUCGCUGCACUCGACAUCUCCUGGUUCUACGAAGGCGAGAAAGCCGGCACAGUUCGCUCCGUGGGACCGGGAGGCACGGGUACCCUAACGUAUCUUACGAUCGACGAGUCCGGGCACAGUCUCGUCGGCGAUCAGCCUGCUUACGCUCGUUGGAUCGUGGGGAGGUGGAUUGAUGGAGAAGCGUUCGCGUAG